GUCCUAACGAGUUCCGCGGCGGCCAACGACGAGCACGCACGCUCCCUGACGGCGCGCGAUAGUGACGCUCUACAUUGCUGAGGGUGGACGUGGAACGUGCCAGAGCUUGAGGGACAAUUGGUGCAAUCAUCUCGUUGAGCGUAAACAAACGAGAAAUCAUCAUGAACCGCUAUCUAGCGGUGUUUGGGUGCGUGUGCGCAAUAGCGGCGCUGGCGCACUCAGCUGCUGUGCCGACUCAGGACACUAUGGUCGUCGCCAAGUCUGAUGAUACCAUCGCUACCAGCACUCCGUCUGUGGAGGAGGUCACCACAGAAGAAUCAAGUCCGCCGAUAAAACUGACGGAAAUGGAAGUAGUGUCGGAGGUAUCGCUGCGGUAUGCGCACACAACGGUGGUGGCGCGCGUGCGCAAUCCCGCCAAGCGCGCGCAGGAGGCCAACUUCAGGGUGCUGCUGCCAGAGACCGCCUUCAUCAGCGGAUUUGUUAUGACGCUCGAUGGAAAAUCUUACAAAGCCUACGUGAAAGAAAAAGGAGAGGCAAAGCAGAUUUACCAAAACGCUGUCAGCCAGGGAAUUGGUGCUGCUCACAUUUCUGCUAAAGCUCGUGACUCAAAUCACUUCACGGUGUCCGUGAACGUAGAACCCUCUUCGAAUGCCAUCUUCAACUUGACGUACGAAGAGUUGCUGGUGCGCCGUAAUGGCGUAUACAACCAUGCUAUUAACUUACACCCUGGCGCGCUGGUGCCCAAGUUGACCGUCACCGUCCAUAUCAAGGAGACUGAAAAGCUUAUAGAGCUGAGAGUACCAGAAAUUAGAACUGGAAACGAAAUCGACGCUACUAAGGAUGAUGCUCAGAAUUCAAAGGCAACAAUCGUGAGAGCUCACGAUGACCGCGAAGCGACCAUCACUUUCACUCCAGACCUCCAGGAACAAGAAAGGCUCAUUCAGAUAUACACGCAAAAGUCAAAGGAGUCGGCUGCUGCCACUCACUCAUACUCGUCGUGGUCAUCUUACUCGGAGCCCGAAGAAGCAGCCCCGGAGGGUGUGCUGGGGCAGUUCGUGGUGCAGUACGACGUAGCCAGGCCUAAGGAUGGCGAAAUAUUGGUAAACGAUGGCUACUUCGUCCAUUUCUUCGCGCCGAGUGAGCUGCCGCCGCUGAGCAAGUUCGUGGUGUUCGUGCUCGACACGUCCGGCUCCAUGAUGGACCGCAAGAUCAUUCAGUUGCGGGAAGCCAUGCAGACCAUCCUCGGAGAACUGAACGAGGGCGACUACUUUAGCAUCGUUGAGUUUGAUUCCACUGUAACGGUCCAUGAUCUCAAAGAAGCGGAAGGCGAGCCCCCCAAACACCACUACUCGUACUCGUAUUUCGACGAACAAGAUAAGAAGGCGACACUGGUGCCGCCGUCUCAAGCUACUAAAGAAAAUAUUGACCGUGCUAAACGAAUCGUCAGCUGGCUUCAAGCGUCUGGAGGUACGAACAUCGGAAAAGCAUUAGAUGUGGCGGUGGACCUCAUCAACAAAGGGGUAGAGUGGAAGACUGAGGUAACAGUCUCCGGCACCGACAAGACGACCACAUCAGCAGGCCCCUCAGAGUCUGCUGUCACAAGUACUACGGAAGUUGCCGCUAAGAAAGAAGCGAAAUCUCUGGAGCCAAUCAUAAUCUUCUUAACUGACGGCGACCCGACGGUUGGCGAGACCGAUCCCAAACGCAUAAUCACCCGCGUGCAAGAGAAGAACUCCGGACCAAACAAGGCUACCAUUUUCUCACUGGCUUUUGGCGAGGACGCGGACCGCAAGUUCCUGCGCAAGGUGUCCCUGCGUAACGGCGGCUUCAUGCGACACAUCUACGAGGCGGCGGAUGCGGCGUUGCAGUUACGCGACUUCUACCGACAGAUCUCGUCACCGCUGCUGGCGGACCUCAAGUUCACAUACCCCUCUGGACAGGUGCGGUCGGAGUCGCUGACGCAGCACUCGUUCCCCACGUACUACGCGGGCUCGGAGCUGGUGGUGGCGGGACAGGUGCUGGACGUGCCCGAGCUGCAGCCCACCGUGCACGCCUUCUGCGGCGUACAAGACGGAUACGGCAGGAAACGCGUCGAGAUUGUACCGAAGGUGCCAAUAGAAAAGAAGAAGCAAGGUUACUUACCGUUGGAGCGGCUGUGGUCUUACCUCACUAUUAAACAGCUGCUGGACAAACGAGACGCUUCUGACGACAGCGACAAUGACGACAAAGAAAACUCCCCGGAGAAAAAGGCUUUAGCACUUGCAUUAAAGUAUGAAUUCGUAACUCCUCUGACAUCGCUGGUGGUAGUGAAGCCCAACGCUACAAACGCAGUCGACGCGGAGUCCGUAGACAAAGCAGCUGGACCUCUCAGCCUUUCCAGUGGUGCUCUAGCUCGGCCGAUGGCGAGUUACGGCGGGUUCGGCGGCGGCGUGAGCGCGAGUGCGUUCGGCAGUGUGGGCGCGGGCGGGUUCGCCGCACCCGCCGCUGUGUACACCGGCCUGGCUGGGCCGUCUUCCUCUGUCUUUGCCAGACCGGCAACUUUUUCGGCUUACUCCAGAACCACUCCAUUAUUACUAUACGCAUCCUCCAAGCCUGUGUUCCCGUUCUCAUCACAACAAGGUCGGAGAACUAAUACGUUUACCGCCAACACCAUGAGUGUUCCAAACAGAGGUGACAUGCUAAUGGUAGUUCCACGGACGACGACGAUACCGCCGAUCUUGCGGCCCAGUCUGGCCGACCUGCACCUGGACGGCUACACUUGGCUAGAGUCCUUGCUGGACGCUAGUGCGAGCACCAUCCUGCUGCCUACCAAUGACACCACGAUCACUCUGAAAAUAGUCAAAGACUCUGUUGUUCCCAAAGAAUCAAGUGGAGACGCAGAGUGCGCAAGCGCAGUAGGCGGUGGCACCGGUGUGUGCGUAUACCUGUCGCGAUGUGACUCCGCGCGGGACAUUACUGUGGACGUGUAUAAAACUACAUACUGCUCCGUCAGCCAAGGAUAUGCGGGGGUGUGCUGCCAGCAGAAAAAAGUUGACAUAGUACAUUGAUUACGGAAAUACCGCGGCAAAAUAUGUAUUGUUGUUCUGAAAUUUUGUGAUUACUUGUAGAUACAUAAUUUAAUACUUAAAAUUAUUAUUGCUGUAAAAAUCUAACAAGAUGUACGGGGCGUACAAAGCUAUAAAACUAUCACGGUUGAAACGAAAAUAAAUACUUUUAUGAAAUCGAUCGAUGCAACAUAAACUUGUGCCCUACAGUUAGAAAAAAGCAUAGGUAUUGUGUAAUUAUAAAAUGAUAAGUAGAAAUCAGUAAAAAUGCCGAAAACUUAUGGUGCUAGAUAAUGCAAUAGUGCCAUUUAUUAUAAUUAAAACAUGACCUACUGUUGUGAGAUGUACCUACUAUAACUAGUUCUCUUUUUAUACAAUUGAAUCUUAAAUAAAAAUAAGAUUAUUUUUAA